AUGGUAAAGUACUGCGCAUUAGUGUUGCUGGUGAUCGCCGCUUUGGUGGCGCUCGUGUCGGCUGAGAUUCGCUCGGCGCAGGAUGUUGACUGGAGCAAGGUGCGUCGUUUCUACGAUCCCAACGUACCGGAACGUCGCAUCAACAAUGGACAGAUUGCCACACCGAGCGAUGUCCCGUGGGCAGUUGGUUUGCUUGUGUCGCUUACCUCCGGCACGAACUUCUGCGGAGGUGCAUUGAUUUCUCCGACCCACAUCUUGACUGCGGCAUCCUGCGUGAACGGGCAAGCAGCAUCGUCGAUUACGGCAAUGUUGGGUGCGAGCACGAUUGCUACCACUUCGGACUUUAUACCGAUUUCGCAUGUGCGUGUGCAUCCGGAUUAUAGCGCGUUCCUGGAGCGGGACGAUAUCGCGAUCCUUACGUUGGCCCGUCAGCCACGCUGGAAUGAUCAAAUCCAAAUCAUCAACCUACCCCGCCGCAUGUACAUUGGCCACUCGUUCAACAACUACGUGUCAACGAUUUCGGGCUGGGGUGAAACGGGAACUAACACGGGUGAACCACUGCCGAUGCCGAACCUGCGCUUCAUCCGCAGCCCAGUCAUCACCAAUCUGAGCUGCGAACUGUCCUUCCUGCUGACCAACAUCCGCAGCACGCACAUCUGCACCUCGACCGAUGGCGGUGCGCCGUGCAUUGGAGAUCAGGGUGCACCGGUGACGGUGACCGAAAACGGUGAAACCUUCCUGAUCGGUAUUCACGUGUUUACGGCUUCGCGUUGCGAACGUGGCCGUCCGGCCGUGCACGUUCGUCUCACGGAGUACAUGAACUGGCUCGAGCUGAACACUGACGCGCUGAUCCGUCCGUAAGUUUGGAGGGUC